GGAAAAAGAAACUGGGUGUCUUACACGAGAGAUUCCAGCUGUUUCCGGAGGACUUUGUUCUUUCGGCUUCUCACAAGCCACAUCUCUUUUCAUUGAGUUUGAAUGUGGUGGGUCGAGCCGAAAAGCCUCUCUGUCCCUCUUUCAGUAGCUCAAGCGAGUUGAGAAGCGGCGCAUGGUAUCAGCAUCUCAAAUUCUGAGCGAAAUGCGGUAUAGUUGUGCGAGAAGAACAGGCUGAGCAUGUUCAGAAAAAUCAUGGCCAGGCCCGAGCCGAAAAUCAGUGUAGAGCUUCCCCUCCGAAAAUCAGUGUAGAGCCUAUGCGGAAGAAGGGUUUGCUACGGCCCACGAAGUUGAAUAUCGCGGAACAGUUACACGAUCUGCAAGGAAACUGCAAUCAUGUUGGCGGUGCCGUCGGAAGUAACCUGUUACUUUGCAAGCUAGCAAGGUCAGGAACAUGGCUGACAAGCCUGGCCUUCAGGAAAGGUCUGCCCCUGUUGAGGCAGCGCCAAGCUAACGGUGCUAGCUUGGAGCUGCCUCAGGGUGAACAUGUUGCCGCCUCCGGAGUGCAGUUUGUUCGCCCCCCUCAGAGGCAGAUCUUUUUGAUUCCGUGUCGCGCCGCGUGCGGGAGAAGGUAUGCUAAUGAAAGUGACAAACGGCGGCCGCGCGAUAGAUUUUGUAAGAAAGGGCCGCGCGCGGCUGCGCGUCCGGGGGGAGAUGGCGCGCGCCCGCUUGGCGC